AUGGCUAUACGCAUUUGUGAAGCUUCUCUUUUAGAUCAAGAACUCCGCCAUCUAGAUCAAGCCCUUCAAUCCAAUGGCUAUACGUCACAGGAGAUCAAGCGUGCCCUUCAUCCCAAGAGAACUGUACCGGAGACAUCUCAACCACCGCCCGUAGGUUUCGCCUCCCUACCAUAUAUUAAAACGGUCACUGAUCGCAUCGGGAAGUUAUUGAAGCGUCAUAAUAUCGUAACCUCCUUCAAACCCACACAACUGCUACGAACCUUAAUAAGAUCAGCUAAAGAUCCUAGAGACCCUUUAACACCUGCUGGUGUUUAUAGAAUCCCUUGUUCCUGCGGAGGAGUCUACAUUGGUACCACAAAACGUAGCAUCAAAACAAGAAUAGCCGAACAUGAACGCUGCUGUCGACUUCUACAGCCUGAGAAAUCGGCCCUAGCUGAGCAUUCAAUAGGAGACCCGAACCAUGUUAUUAACUACGACGGAACUACGGUUUUAUCUACAACUUCGCAAAAUUACGCUCGCUUGCAUAGAGAAGCUACUGAAAUUUAUAAACAUCUGAUUAAUUUCAACAGAAAAGAAGAAGGGCUUCGUUUGAAUAAUGUAUGGUACCCAGUCCUAAAGAAAACUACACAGAAAGCGCCGAAUACACUAACAAGCCAUUCGAGUACACCUACCGUUCAUCGGAUGAGUCAAGCCGAGGCUGACGCCGACGAAGCCACGCCCCUGUCCCUCCCACUGCGCCACAAUUUCGUCCCGCGUGAAGUAAAUUUGUAA